AUUCACUUUACCUUUAAAAUGUUUAUAGAAAAGUGAAAGAACUUGAUGAAAAUAUUUUUCUUUUUACAACCUGCUUUGUGAUCUAACAGUGCCUUAAUUGUUAGUUUUAUGAUUAACCCAUUAGAAUCCAGUUCACAAAUUAUUGUAGAGAAUGGAUAAUAUGGUAGAUAAUUGAGUUUAUAAUCAGACGUAUUCCUCUGAUUCGUAUCCAAAGGAACGAUCAAGAAUUAAGUUAUUCUAUCCUUUUAUAAUGUAUCACCAAUAGGUGGUGCAAUUACUGAUGCAACAUGGAGCUGAUCCCUUUGAAAAGAAUGAUUUUGGCAACUGCGCAAUGGAUUUAGCUGUGGGUGACGACAUGAAGAGUUUAAUCAAAAUCCAUCCGCAAAGGAGAAAAGUUACAGUCAAAGUAGGAGCUAACCAAAAACGUAUAAGAAACAUGGCUUUAAAAAAUACAGUGGACAAUAAGAAGCUUGAGGUUCGUAAGAAUGAUAAAAUGGCUACUAGGAGUGGUCAUGUUCUUGACAUAUCAGCAUCCCUUAAGAGAAAAACAGAAAGCACCCAUCAAUCCAAAAGUGAUGUACAACCCAACAAAAAGACUCAAAGCACAGGGACAAAGUGCAAUAUAAAUGAAAAUCAGCCAAAGCAUAUUGAUGGGGAGCAACCCCAGGGAAAACCUGUAACUCGUGACAUGGUGGAGACACAGGCCCAGUUUGCUACUCAUUCUGGACAAGAAAUCACACAAUCCGACUUUUUUGAAAUUCAGAGCAAAUCUGCCUCUACAACUGUGAACGAGGCUGUGAUCAAGCCUGCUGUUAGCAGUGUCAGUUUACAGCAUUCUGUAGUCAUUGGUAAUACAACUGUACCUCAAACAUCGCUGAGACAGGCUGCAAAAUCUAGAAAUUCAAUUAGCGACUUUACUGUCAAAACUGAAGACAAUUCAGUUACAUUCAAAUAUUGCCAAAGUGUUUUGUUUAUCUGUCACACUAAAGGAAGCAACAUCGAGAGGCUGGUUUGCAAGAAUGAUAAAAUGGCUACUAUGAGUAGUCAUGUUCUUGACAUAUCAGCAUCCAAUAAGAGAGAAACAGAAAGCUCCCAACAAGCCAAAAGUGAUGAACAACCCAAGAAAAAGACUCAAAGCACAGGGACUGAGCGCAAUUUAAAUAUAACUCAGCCGAAGCAUAUUGAUGUGGAGCAACCCCAGGGAAAACCUGUAACUCAUGACAUGGUAAAGUCACAGGCCCAGUUUACUACUCAUUCUGGACAAGAAAUCGCACAAACUGACUUUUUGGAAAUUCAGACCAAAUCUGUCUCUGCAACUGUGAACGAGGCUGUGACGAAGCAUGCUGGUGGCAAUGUCAGUUUACAGGAUCCUGUAGUCAUUGGUAAUACAACUGUACCUCAAACAUCGUUGAGACGGUCUACAAGACCUAGAAAUUCAAUUAGCAGGUUUACUGAGGACAAUUCAGCUACAUUCAAACAAUGCCAGAGUGUUUUGCCUAUCUCUCACGCUGAAGGAAGCAACAUCGAGAGGCUGGUUUACAAAAAUGAUAAAAUGGCUACCAUGAGUAGUCAUGUUCUUGGCAUAUCAGCAUCCCUUAAGAGACAAACAGAAAGCACCCAUCAAGCCAAAAGUGAUGUUCAACCCAAGAAAAAGACUCAAAGCAAAGGGACUAAGCGCAAUAUAAAUAAAAAUCAGCCAAAGAAUAUUGAUGUGGAGCAACCCCAGAGAAGACGGGGGCCCAGGAGGAAGGGGAGUAGGUGUUGGAGCAAGAGGAGGAGUUACCGGGCGGUUUGCAAGAAUGAUAAAACGGCAAUUGUGAGUAGACAAAAUCUUGGCACAGCAGAAUCCGUCAAGAGAAAAACAGAAAGCACCCAUCAAGCUAAAAGUGAUGCACAACCCAACAAAAAGACUCAAAGCACAGGAACUAAGUGCAAUGUAAAUACAAAUCAGCCAAAGCAUAUUGAUGGGGAGCAACCCCAGGGAAAACAUGUAACUGAUGACAUGGUAGAGUCACAGGCCCAGUUUGCUACUCAUUCUGGACAGGAAAUCGCACAAUCUGACUUUUUUGAAAUUCAAACCAAAUCUGCCUCUACAACUGUGAAUGAGGCUGUGACCAAACCUGUUGGUAGCAAUGUCAGUUUACAGGAUCCUGUAGUCAUUGGUAAUACAACUGUACCUCAAACAUCGUUGAGACGGUCUACAAGAUCUAGAAAUUCAAUUAGCAGGUUUACUGAGGACAAUUCAGCUACAUUCAAACAAUGCCAGAGUGUUUUGCCUAUCUCUCAUGCUGAAGGAAGCAACAUCGAGAGGCUGGUUUGCAAGAAUGAUAAAAUGGCUACUAUGAGUAGUCAUGUUCUUGACAUAUCAGCAUCCCUUAAGCGAAAAACAGAGAGCACCCAUCAAGCCAAAAGUGAUGAACAACCCAAGAAAAAGACUCAAACCACAGGGACUAUGCGCAAUAUAAAUAAAAAUCAGCCAAAGAAUAUUGAUGUGGAGCAACCCCAGAGAAGACUGGGGCCCAGGAGCCGUUGGAGAAAGAGGAGAAGUUUCCGGGCGGUUUGCAAGAAUAAUAAAACGGCAAUUGUGAGUAGACAAAAUCUUGGCACAGCAGAAUCCGUCAAGAGAAAAACAGAAAGCACCCAUCAAGCUAAAAGUGAUGCACAACCCAACAAAAAGACUCAAAGCACAGGAACUAAGUGCAAUGUAAAUACAAAUCAGCCAAAGCAUAUUGAUGUGGAGCAACCCCAGGGAAAACCUGUAACUCGUGACAUGGUGGAGUCACAGGCCCAGUUUGCUACUCAUUCUGUGAACGAGGCUGUGACCAAACCUGCUGGUAGCAAUGUCAGUUUACAGGGUCCUGUAGUCAUUGGUAAUACAACUGUACCUCAAACAUCGCAGAGAAUGUCUACAAGAUCUAGAAAUUCAAUUGGCAGGUUUACUGAGGACAAUUCAGCUCCAUUCAAACAAUGCCACAGUGUUUUGCCUAUCUCUCACGCUGAAGGAAGCAACAUCGAGAGGCUGGUUUGCAAGAAUGAUAAAAUGGCUACUAUGAGUAGUCAUGUUCUUGACAUAUCAGCAUCCCUUAAGAGAAAAACAGAAAGCACCCAUCAAGCCAAAAGUGGUGCACAACCCAAGAAAAAGACUCAAAGCACAGGGACAAAGCACAAUAUAAUUAAAAAUCAGCCAAAGAAUAUUGAUGUGGCGCAACCCCAGAGAAGACCUAAAACUCUUGACAUGGUGGAGUCACAGGCUCAAUUUGCUACUCAUUCUGGACAAGAAAUCACACAAUCCAACUCUUUUGAAAUUCAGAGCAAAUCUGCCUCGACAACUGUGAACGAGUUUGUGACCAAACCUGCCAGCGUUGGUUUUCACAAUCCUGUAGUCAUUGGUAAUACAACUGUACCUCAAACAUCGCUGAGACAAUCUGGAAGAACUAGAAAUUCAUUUAGCGGGUUUACUGUCCAAGCUGAGGACAAUUCAGCUAGAUCCAAACAAUGCCAAAGUGUUUUGUCCAUCUCUCACCCUGAAGGAAGCAACAUCGAGAGGCUGGUUUGCAAGAAUGAUAAAACGGCAAUUGUGAGUAGACAAAAUCUUGGCACAGCAGAAUCCGUCAAGAGAAAAACAGAAAGCACCCAUCAAGCUAAAAGUGAUGCACAACCCAACAAAAAGACUCAAAGCACAGGAACUAAGUGCAAUGUAAAUACAAAUCAGCCAAAGCAUAUUGAUGUGGAGCAACCCCAGGGAAAACCUGUAACUCAUGACAUGGUGGAGUCACAGGCCCAGUUUGCUACUCAUUCUGUGAACAAGGCUGUGACCAAACCUGCUGGUAGCAAUGUCAGUUUACAGGGUCCUGUAGUCAUUGGUAAUACAACUGUACCUCAAACAUCGCAGAGAAUGUCUACAAGACCUAGAAAUUCAAUUGGCAGGUUUACUGAGAACAAUUCAGCUCCAUUCAAACAAUGCCACAGUGUUUUGCCUAUCUCUCACGCUGAAGGAAGCAACAUCGAGAGGCUGGUUUGCAAGAAUGAUAAAAUGGCUACUAGGAGUGGUCAUGUUCUUGACAUAUCAGCAUCUCUUAAGAGAAAAACAGAAAGCACCCAUCAAUUCAAAAGUGGUGCACAACCCAAGAAAAAGACUCAAAGCACAGAGACUAAGCACAAUAUAAAUAAAAAUCAGCCAAAGAAUACUGAUGUGGAGCAACCCCAGAGAAGACCUAAAACUCUUGACAUGGAGUCACAGGCUCAAUUUGCUACUCAUUCUGGACAAGAAAUCACACAAUCCAACUCUUUUGAAAUUCAGGGCAAAUCUGCCUCGACAAUUGUGAACGAGUUUGUGACCAAACCUGCCAGCGUUGGUUUUCAGAAUCCUGUAGUCAUUGGUAAUAUAACUGUACCUCAAACAUCGCUGAGACAGUCUGGAAGAACUAGAAAUUCAUUUAGUGGGUUUACUGUCCAAGCUGAGGACAAUUCAGCUAGAUCCAAACAAUGCCAAAGUGUUUUGUCCAUCUCUCACCCUGAAGGAAGCAACAUCAAGAGGCUGGUUUGCAAGAAUGAUAAAACGGCAAUUGUGAGUAGACAAAAGCUUGGCACAGCAGAAUCCGUCAAGAGAAAAACAGAAAGCACCCAUCAAGCUAAAAGUGAUGCACAACCCAACAAAAAGACUCAAAGCACAGGAACUAAGUGCAAUAUAAAUACAAAUCAGCCAAAGCAUAUUGAUGUGCAGCAACCCCAGGGAAAACAUGUAACUGAUGACAUGGUGGAGUCACAGGCCCAGUUUGCUACUCAUUCUGUGAACGAGGCUGUGACCAAACCUGCUGGUAGCAAUGUCAGUUUACAGGAUCCUGUAGUCAUUGGUAAUACAACUGCACCUCAAACAUCGCAGAGAAUGUCUACAAGACCUAGAAAUUCAAUUGGCAGGUUUACUGAGAACAAUUCAGCUCCAUUCAAAGAAUGCCACAGUGUUUUGCCUAUCUCUCACGCUGAAGGAAGCAACAUCGAGAGGCUGGUUUGCAAGAAUGAUAAAAUAGCUACUAGGAGUGGUCAUGUUCUUGACAUAUCAGCAUCCCUUAAGAGAAAAACAGAAAGCACCCAUCAAUCCAAAAGUGGUGCACAACCCAAGAAAAAGACUCAAAGCACAGAGACUAAGCACAAUAUAAAUAAAAAUCAGCCAAAGAAUAUUGAUGUGGAGCAACCCCAGAGAAGACCUAAAACUCUUGACAUGGUGGAGUCGCAGGCUCAAUUGGCUACUCAUUCUGGACAAGAAAUCACACAAUCCAACUCUUUUGAAAUUCAGAGCAAAUCUGCCUCGACAAUUGUGAACGAGUUUGUGACCAAACCUGCCAGCGUUGGUUUUCAGAAUCCUGUAGUCAUUGGUAAUACAACUGUACCUCAAACAUCGCUGAGACAAUCUGGAAGAACUAGAAAUUCAUUUAGUGGGUUUACUGUCCAAGCUGAGGACAAUUCAGCUAGAUCCAAACAAUGCCAAAGUGUUUUGUCCAUCUCUCACCCUGAAGGAAGCAACAUCGAGAGGCUGGUUUGCAAGAAUGAUAAAAUGGCUGCUACUGGUAUUCAUGAUCCUGACACAGCAGCAUCCCUUAAGAGAAAACCACAAGGCACUCAUCAAGCCAAAAGUGAUGUACAACCAAACACAAAGACUCAAAGCACAGGGACUAUGCAUAAUAUAAGUGAAAAUCAGCCAAAGCACAUUGAUUAUGAGCAACCCCAGCGAAGACCUGUAACUCGUGACAUGGUGAAGUCACAAACCCAGUUUGCUACACAUUCUGGACAAGAAAUCACACAAUCCAACUUUUUUGAGAUUUCUGCCUCGACAACUGUGAACAAAUCUAUGACCACUAGCAGUGUUAGUUUUCAAAAUCCUGUAGUCAUUGGUAAUACAACUGUACCUCAAACAUCGCUAAGUCAGUCUGCAAGAUCUCGAAAUUCAAUUCGUGGGUUAACUGUUCAAGUUGAGGACUAUUCAGCUACAUCCAAACAAUGCCAAAAUGUUUUGUCCAUCUCUGACGCUGAAGGAAGCAACAUGGAGAGGCUGGUUUGCAAGAAUGAUAAAAUGGCUACUAGAAGUGAUGUUCUUAACAGAGCAGCGUCCUGUAAGAGAAAAACAGAAAGCACCCAUCAAGCCAAAAGUGAUGUGCAACCCAAUAAAAAGACUCAAAGCACACUGACUAUGUGCGAUAUCAAUGAAAAUCAGCCAAAGCAUAUUGUUGUGGAGCAAUCCCAGAGAAAACCUGUAACUCGUGACAUGGUGGAGUCACAGGCCCAGUUUGCAAUUCAUGGUGGACAAGAAAUCAUAAAAUCCAACCUUUUUGAAAUUCAGACAAAAUUUGCCUCUACAACUGUGAACGAAGCUGUGACCAAGCCUGCCAGUAGCAAUGUUAGCUUUCACAAUCCUGUAAUCAUUGGGAAAACAAUUGUAGCUCAAACAUCACUGAGACGAUCUGCAGGAAUUAGUAAUUCAAUGAACGGGUUUGCAGACCCAACUGAGGACAAUUCAAGUACAUACAAUCAACAGAAUAUUAAAAAUUCCCAGAUGCAUACGUUAGUACUUAAACCCUCUGUUGCUGUGAACAAAACUAGAAUGACCACUGCUCUUAGGUCCAAUAAAAGCAUUGCAACUCCCACAGUAAAUCAAACAGCCACUCCAAAUACAGAGGUUGAGUCAAUUGACAAAUCUUGUACUGUAAAUAUGUUAGAAAGUACAAGAAACAAAUCUAAUGCCACUGUUGCAACAGAUGGUAAAUUAGUCACUAUAGAAGUGCCGAAAGAACACAAUACGAUUGAACAACUUGCACAAUUGAAAAAAUACCCAAAAGUUCAAUUCCAUGAAGAAAUUCUGAGCAAAGUGGCCAGAUGCAAUCAAAACGUGGAAAUGACUCAGGAACCUGAAUAUGAAAGCGCCAGAGAAAACACUAUUCAUGAAAACACCAUCAGUGAUCCAUCACCUCAAACACACUGGAAAAACAACUUGCCUGACCAUAAUUAUUCCUCAAAAAUCAAUAUAUCUGUUGAGCACAUUCCAAGUGCUGAAUCUAUGACUCCCACUGAACUCACUGUUAUGGAAGAUACAUUACAACAAGGUGAAAUGAAGCAAUUUGAUCACAAUAAGAACAAGACUCCAGAAGAUAACCUUGAUGCUUAUGUGGUACCUUCCGAUGUGUUAGAAAAUAGGUGUAAUCCCCCAAUGAUUUCAGCGUAUGAAUCCAGAGAGAAUCUACUUGAAUCCAUGACCUCAGAUCAUAUUUCUUUACAGCAAAAAAUCAAUUGUUCCACAGUUUCAGGUUUUGACCAAAAUGAUGAUGUGAUCAUAGAAUAUGAAUCUUGUUAUAAUGUGCCCUCCACCUUAAAGCCUACCGAAGCAGCAAUCUUAGAUGGAACUCCAGGAGAAUAUUCCAAAGAUACGAUGACUGCAAAUAAUCAGUCUAACAACAACACACCUACUUGUGAUAUGGUCCCGCAUUGCAAAGUUAACGUUGUAACUACAGUAUUGGAUCAAGUUUUGGAUCACGAGCCUUCUUUGGAACCCCAAACUGAUAUAAAUGAUUCUAAUACCAAUUUGUCUGAGCUCCAUACCAAUAAUUUAAAUGAUGGCAAUAAUUUGGUCAGGGCAAUUAACAUGGAAAUAGUUGAAGAUGUAAAUUCGAAUGAACCUGGUGAAAAUAUUAAGGACAGAUUUGCAAACAACUUUAGAGAAUCAGCAGAAGAAAUCGUUAAAAAUGCACCCGAGCGUGUACUAACUGAAUCAUGUAGAAGCAAUGAGAAAAAUAAUACAUUACAGAACCGAGAGGGAAUGAGCAAUGUACAGUCUGCGGAAAUAAAUUCAAAUGCAAGAAAAGAAAACGAGAGAGAAAAGAGUUCCAGGAAGCAACAUACGACAGAAUUUUCAGGCUCACCAAUGCAGGAUAUUGUCGUACCAAAACCUUCCUUGCCAAUUCCCAAAUUAAGUGCUUUGAACAAGAAAAAUAGCAAAGGAGAAACUCGUCUACAUCUUGCUGUAAUAAAGAAAGACAUAUGUGUAGUAAGAUCUCUAAUCGUAGCUGGAACUAGUGUAAACGUACAAGACAAUGCAGGUUGGACAGCACUUCAUGAAGCUUGCAGCAGAGGUUUAACUGAUAUCAUACAAGAAUUACUGAAAGCAGGUGCUGAUGUCAACUGCCCAGCAUUGAAUGGAGUAUCACCUUUGCAAGAUGCUGUGAGCGGCUCUCAUUAUGAGGCCGUGAAAGUCCUGCUUCAGUAUGGAGCUGAUCCAAUGCAGAAGAAUAAAGAAGGGAAGAAUGCUUUUAAUGAAAUUGUGAAUGAUAAGAUUAAAGAUCUACUUGAGACCCACUGUAAUCACAAUAAUAGUGAUGUGAUUAUUUGUGAUGAGCCACAACCAGAUACAGAUCAACAACAAGUGGAAGAUGUAGAGAAUGAGGAACAGGCAGAGGGCACCCCUGAAGAUUCCAGUGCAUCACCUAACCUUCCUUUAGGUCCUCCACCAGAUAACCGUGUGUCUUGUGAUGAUAAUCAAACAUCAACAGUUUUACAAAAUGAUAAAGGUUUAGAAAGUCCACAUUACAAUAUUUCACAGCAUGAAUCGAUUACAAUAACAUUGGAUGAAAUCGCGACAAAGCAAGAAAGGAUAGUCAAAUGCGAGCUCAAGGAGCCUGAAAGUGCAACUCAACUUGUACUGGAAUUGUUACAGAUACGGGCUGUGUUAAAUGAAAUACUUACCAAACAUAAAGUUGAAAAGGAAGAUCUUGUUAAAAAAUUUAGGGCCUCCCCAGGAUCAUUCAGGCAAGGCACGCUGCAAAAACAACUAACUGCUCUGGCCACUCGACAGAGAAGACUUCUAAAUUUGUUACAGAAGCAGAAAACAUUAGAUCAUAAAUUGCGGGAAUACAAAUUAAAAGAGCGACAGUCGCGGAAAAACAAUAUACAAACCCAGGGUAAACGUUUGACUUGCCCUACUGAAAGCAGAAUCAAACCCUCGAAAGCAGUGGAGUUUCUGGAUCAAAAUGAAGGACUUGGUGCUGGCUGUGCAACUGAAGAGUCUGAACAAAUAUCCAUUGCCUGUCCAGCUCGCGGAUCAGAAUGCUUACAACCGGACAACUUUCCCAAUCAGGGAGAGACUAAUAUUUCAGCCAAUCAGGAGACAAAUACAACUACUGCUGUUGUGGAUCAUAGCUCUGGACGAGAUAAAGAAACUGUUGCUGCAACCAAUGUUGUUGACGCUACAAGUAGCGAUGGCAGUAUAAGUACAAUUAGUGCUUCAGAACCUGACCCAAGCCACAGAGAGUCAAAUUUGUUACAGUCACGUACUCUGGAAAUGUUACAAGUGGAAUCAUUAAACUCAAACCAAACUGAGACAAACAGAGAUUCAACACCAUGCAGUAACUCAGGCCAGAAUAUACAUUUGAACAUAGCACAUUCGAUCAAUAACCCAGAAAAUAACGCUGGAAGAGUUUGUAACUCUAUGCUGGUGAACACCGAAAAAUCUACAGUGUUGAGGGUAAACCUGAUUAGUUCCAACCAGCCAAGGUAUUACUUGCUUCCAGCUGCCAUACAACCUGCAACCUACAUGAUACCAAUUAAUUUAACCAAGCAGCCAAAUGUAUUAAAAUCCAACCUUAAGUUGAACGCACCACAGAGUAGGAUUCAACAGCAGAUUUUACCAUUUAACACUGGAGGUAAUAGUGUGAAUUCCCAAAAUAUUGUGAAGGUAAAUGUUUCUCAGCCAGACAACCGGGGCACAUUGCUGGUAAAUAACAGACAGGCUACCAGCAACAACCAAGUUCACGGCCUGGCGAAUGCAUCUGGUCUUUCUGGGAGAGAGCUCAAUAUAAAAUCUCUACCAGUGGAUAGAGGAACUGGGCAAAGAAAACUACUACACUUAAUAGAUCUCAUCAAACAUGGAUUGAUUCAGCCGGGAGACGAUGUCCUUGAUCUCAAACUACUGGGAGUUUGCUAUAAAGCUGAUCUUCUUGAUACUGGUAUAAUUAGAGAUAAAGACAGAAAACUAUAUCGUAAUCCAGUGCAUUGGAUUAAAGAACUUCUGGAAGAAGGAAUGCCAGUCAGCCGGAGCUUUGCAUGGAGCAAGGUUACGUACAAAGGAAAAGAACUCGACAAAUACAGCACCAUAAUUACAACAUCAUCCAAGACCCCAGAGACUCAGUCUAUUCCAAUACCCAUCCUAGCAAUAGAUGAGACAUCCUCAGUAACUGUGCAAAACAGCAUCUGUGCAGAUAACUUCUCACAGAUUCAGAUAAAGAAAUCCAACAGCAGCUUUAUGCAGCUUCGGGAGAUUCUCCUUAUAAAGAAUGAAGAAUUCCUGCCAUGUCACAUCAUGAAUCAGCACUGGAAGUUCUACGCAGAAUCUGAUGAGUGGAAUUUCUGAACUUGCUCUUUAAAGAAGAAACAGCCACAACAGUAAAUAAUUUAUGAGUAAAACACAAAGUGCUGGAGUAACUCAGUGGGUCAGGCUGCAUCACUGAGGGAAUGGAUAGGUGACAUUUUGGGUCAGGACCCUUCUUCAGACAUUUCCAAUAUCUGCAGCCUGACCCGCUGAGUUACUCCAGCACUUUGUCUUUUGCUCAAGGUUCCAGUUUCUACAGUUCCUUGUGUCUCCAAUAAAUAAUUUAACAUUGUGUUAAGAUUGUGUUAUAUUAAUGACACCAAACUGCUAUUGUCAACAAAGAUGUUAUUUCCAAACGGCAUGUUUUGCAUUGUCAUUGUUCAUUUUAAAUCCUCCUUGAUGACAACUGUAAUAUAUAUUAAUGUUUCAUCUUUUUUUCCUAUUCAAUUGGAUAAAUAUCAGGAAUAUUGUAUUUCAAAAGGGUUGUGUGAGGUUUACCGAAGUAUUGUGAAAUGAGUGCAUAAGAAUGUAAUUAUUGUUCUUUUUUUUAUAAAGAUAUGCUAUUUAUACGAUGCAUUUAGUCACAUAAAGUCCACGUAAAAUGAAAAUUAAUGAAUAUUGCCAAUGAAAGAAAAACAUAUAUUAACCAAAGAGAUUGCAUCUCUGAAAAAAAAGCAGCAUUCUUUAGCUUUAAUUCAGAUGUCAUCAGAAUAUUUGGUUUAAUAUAUUUCAGGAUAAGCUUAAUAUUUAAAUUUGCUGCUUUAUAUUUCAGAUCAAAGAUUUGUCACUCAGACUUCCCAAUCUGCUUUCCCAAAGAGAUUUGUUUAUUGAUAUGUAUUUCUGUUGAAAUUGUUGUUAUUCCAAUACUUUUGGAAAAAUAAAUUGGAUGUUGACAGAUUUCUGAAAAAAAUAUGAUUCACUGAAGUUUGACCCAUUUACCCCGAUUCUAUUUACAUUGAAGUCCAAAGUGCAUUUUGAUUAUUUGGGGAUCAAAUAAUCCUUUAAAGUGGUUAAUACUUAGUAUAGAAGCUGCAUGAAAAAUAAUAUAUGAUUUAACAUAACAUAUUUUAGCUGCAUUAUGUAAAAUUUACAACAGAUGAUUUGUAAUAUAUGUUGCUGGGAAUUUAAAAUCCCAGUUAAGUGAUAGCACUGGUUUUCCCAAAGAUAUUAAAAGACGAGAUGUAGGUUUAGGGCAGAAAUUCCAGAGUUUAGGACCUAUACUGCCAAUAAAAGGCUGCCAGUGAAGCAACAAGGGUUUGGGAAAUGCACAUUUGCAGACUAUUGACUUUUUUUAAAUAAUUAACAGAAUAUGGAGUUACGGCCAAGGCCAACCAUUAUUGAUCAUUGUUUAGGAAGGAACUGCAAAUGCUGGUUUAAUCCAAAAAUAGACACAAAAAACCUGGAGUAACUCCGCGGGACAAGCGGUAUCUGUGGAGAGAAGGAAUGGGUGACUUUUCGGGUCGAGACGCUUCUUCAGACCUUCUUAUUGCUCAUUGCUACCUGCACUUGAGAAAUGGAGAUGAACAGCCUUCUGUUUUGAUGAAGCUACACUCAUGGCAGUGUUAAGUAGAGGAUUACAAAAUUCAUUAAACCUGUGAAGGUUAAAAGACAUGAAAAUAUUUCCAAAUCAAACAAUGUGUUACUUGGGUAGGAUGGUGCAGCCUCACACCUCAGGCCCACAACAUCCCAUCCAAAUGAUAUAUUAAAUCCCACAUUGCAAAGGGAAACACUAUAUCAUUGAAAAAAAGGCACAAACGGCUGGAGUUCCUUGACUGCAUUAGUAAAGUUGAAUAAUAAUAAAGCAGAAACAAAGAUUCAGCCCAUCUCCAUAAUGUAACCAUCCAUAUUCAUAUUCAUAUCAUAACCAUAAUCCUAUCCAUAAUGUAACCAUCUCCUUCACACCAGUUGAAGCAGGGGAUGCAAGUAGAAUUACUCCAGAAAUUUAAAAAACUGCGCAUUAGCAAUCCAAAAAGAAAGCAUAAGAUUAGUUUGUCCUCAUCUUCCACCCUACACUCCCGAACUCGUAACAAGGGCAGAGUCCCCCUUGUCCUCAGCUUCCACCCUACUAGCCGUCAUAUGCAACAAAUAAUCUUCCAACAUUUUCGCCACCUCCGACGGGAUCCCACCACUUCCAGGUGCGGCAGAGGUUCACCUGCACCUCCUCCAACCCCAUCUAUUGCAUCCGCUGCUCUAGCUGUCAGCUGCUCUACAUCGGUGAGACCAAGCGUAGGCUUGGCGAUCGUUUCGCCCGACACCUCCGCUCGGUUCACACUAACCAACCGUAUCUCCCGGUGGCUCAGCACUUCAACUCCCCCUCCCAUUCCAAAUCCAACCUUUCUGUCCUGGGCCUCCUCCAUGGCCAGAGCGAGGCGCACUGUAAAUUCCUGCACCAAAAAAUGCCUCCCCAGCCUGUCUGAAUGACUACUGUCCGGUGGCCCUCACCUUGGUCGGCAUGAAAUGCUUUGAGAGGCUGGUCAAGAAACACAUCUGCACCUUCCUCCCCCGUUGCAGUUCGCAUAUCGUCCGAAUAGAUCCAUGGACGAUGCGGUCUCCCAAGUUCUGCACACCGCUCUCUCUCACCUCGACAGCCAGAAGGGGAGCUACGUGAGGAUGCUGUUCAUAACUUCAGUUCAGCCUUCAACACGAUAGUCCCCACCAGACUUGCUGAGAAGCUGCUGGAAUUGGGGCUCAACACCUCCCCGUGUGCCUGGGUUCUGGAUUUUCUCACCGCCAGGCCCCAGGUAGUCAAGAUGGGAGGAAAUACAUCGAAGUCCUUCACCCUGAGCACAGGAUUCCCCCCCAGGAUUGCGUCCUCAGCCCCCUAUUGUACUCCCUGUACACACAUGACUGGCUAGGUUCAGCUCCAACUCUACAGGAUCUGACAUGGACAUCACACGCCGCAGCACUCGUGAGUAAGGCAAGGCAGCACCUUUACCACCUCAGGCAAUUGAGGAAAUUCAGAGUGUCUCUGAGGAUCCUCCAGUGCUUCUACUCAGCGGCUGUGGAAAGCAUCUUGGCUGGAAACAUCACAAUUUGGUUUGGGAAUUGCUCUGCCCAGGAUAAGAAGGCUCUGCAGAGAGUAGUGUGUUUGGCCGAACGCACUAUGGGAACUUCACUCGCCCCUCUGCAGGAACUAUACAUCAGGAGGUGCAACUCCAGAGCCAAUAAGAUCAUGAGAGACCCCUUCCGCCCCUGCAACGGACUGUUCCAGCUGCUACGGUCAGGCAAACUCCUCCGCUGUCAUGCUGUGAGAACGGAGAGGAUGAGAAGGAGUUUCUUCUCAGAGGCCAUUAGGACUGUAAACUAUCUCACCAGGGACGAAACUGCUGUACCAAUUUACCAGUUCAAGUUCAAGUGAGUUUAUUCUCAUGUGUCUCUGAGGACAAUGAAAUUCUUGCAUUGCUUCAGCACAACAGAACAUAGUAGGCAUUGACUACAAAACAGAUCAGUGUGUCCAUAUACCAUUAUAUAAAUAUAUACACACAUGAAUAAAUAAACUGAUAAAGUGCAAAUAACAGAUAAUGGGUUAUUAAUGUUUAGAGUUUUGUCCGAGCCAAGUUUAAUAGCCUGAUGGUUGUGGGGAAGUAGCUAUUCCUGAACCUGGUUGUUGCAGUCUUCAGGCUCCAGUACCUUCUACCUGACGGUAGCAGGGAGAUGAGUGUGCGACCAGGAUGGUGUGGGUCUUUGAUGAUACUGCCAGCCUUUUUGAGGCAGCGACUGCGAUAGAUCCCCUCGAUGGAAGGAAGGUCAGAGCCGAUGAUGGACUGGGCAGUGUUUACUAUUUUUUGUAGUCUUUUCCUCUCCAGGGCGAUGCAACCGGUCAGCAUGCUCUCUACUGUGCACCUGUAGAAGUUAGAGAGAGUCCUCCUUGACAAACCGACUCUCCGUAGUCUUCUCAGGAAGUAGAGGCACUGAUGUGCUUUCUUGAUAAUUGAAUCAGUGUUCUCGGACCAGGAAAGAUCUUCAGAGAUGUGCACGCCCAGGAAUUUGAAGCUCUCUGUGGGGUCUUUUUAAAUUGCUGUUUCUUCUUUUUUUUCUUCUCUCACACAAAUAUGUAAUUACUGAUUCUGCUCCAUUCUGUUUUGUAGUUCUUUUGCACAAUCCGCAAGCAUUCCCACUUUUCAUUUCACUGCAAAUCUCGUAUGUGUGUGUGACGAAUAAACUUGACUUGACUUGACUUGAUGAAGUUUAAUGUGGAUAAAUGUGAGAUUACCCACUUUGGUAUCAAAAACAGGAAGGCAGAUUACUAACUAAAUGGUGUCAAGUUGGGAAAAGGGGAAGUGCUAUGGUAUCUGGGGGUCCUUGUACAUCAGUCUAUGAAAAAAAGCAUGCAGGAACAGCAGGCAGUGAAGAAAGCGAAUGGCAUGUUAGCCUUUAUAACAAGAGGAAUCGAAUAUAGGAGCAAAGAGAUCCUUCUGCAGUUGUACACAGCCCUAGUGAGACCACACCUGGAGUACUGUGUGCAGUUUUGGUCCCCUAAUUUGAGGAAGGAUAUUCUUGCUAUUGCAGGAGUGCAGCGUAGGUUUACAAGGUUUAUUCCCGGGAUGGCGGGACAGUCAUAUGCUGAGAGAAUGGAGCGGCUUCUACACUCUGGAGUUUAGAAGGAUGAGAGGAUAUCUUAUUGAAACAUAUAAGUUGUUAAGGGUUUGGACAUGCUAGAGGCAGGAAGCAUGUUCCCGAUGUUGGGGGAGUCCAGAACCAGGGGCCACAAUUUAAGAAUAAGGAGUAAGCCAUUUAGAACGGAGACGAGGAAACACUUCUUCACACAGAGAGUUGUGAGUUUGUGGAAUUCUUUGCCUCAGAGGGCGGUGGAGGCCGGUUCUCUGGAUACUUUCAAGAGAGAGCUAGAUAGGGCUCUUAAAAAUAGCGGAGUCAGGGGAUAUGGGGAGAAGGCAGGAACGGGGUACUGAUUGGGGAUGAUCAGCCAUGAUCACAUUGAAUGGCGGUGCUGGCUCAAAGGGCCGAAUGGCCUACUCCUGCACUUAUUGGUUAUUGUCUAUUGCCUGCAGCGAUUCAAGAAUUCAGCUAUGCAUCACCUUUCAAAAGAUUAUGAUCAAAUUAACUUUCUCCGAAGAAAAAACAUAAAAAAAGCAAAAAAUAAAGGUGAAAUCUAGAAAUGUCUGCUUCUUUUCAACGUUGGGUGUGGUAGCCCACGUCAAAGCAAUCAGCAGAGUCACUGGUUUGAUGUGAAAUUCUU